UGGGAGGCGCUGAUGCGAGGGCAGAGCUGAGUGUCUGUAGGAGUUGCUGUUCCAGAGAAUUCAUUACUCUAAUUGCUCUGAUUUUAGAUCAGUAGAGCGUGCCGGGCGGUGGUGGAGACAGAGAUUGAGGGCGGACAGUGCGAGAGGGAACGAGUCGUUCACCCUUCAGAGAAGUCCAGGCGCUUUGACAUGUACUCUGGAUGUCAGCUGAGUUACUGAGGUAGCUCUGCAUGUCCGUAGACAGACCUUGGUAGAACCUCGAGAGGCUCCUGGAAACCCCCACUCUCUCCUUAUUCUUUUUUGUAUGUGUCCUCACUGAACAUUCAAAACUGUUUCUCCAAAGGGUUUUGCAAAAACUCAGACUGUUUUCCAAAGCAGAAGCCCUGGAGUCCACGGCAGAAGCGAUGGGCAGUGUGCGAACCAACCGCUAUAGCAUUGUCUCUUCAGAAGAAGACGGGAUGAAGUUGGCCACCAUGGCGGUUGCAAAUGGCUUUGGGAAUGGGAAGAGUAAAGUCCACACUCGACAGCAGUGCAGGAACCGCUUUGUGAAGAAAGAUGGCCACUGCAACGUUCAGUUCAUCAACGUGGGGGAGAAGGGACAACGGUACCUUGCAGACAUUUUUACCACAUGCGUGGACAUUCGCUGGCGGUGGAUGCUGGUUAUCUUCUGCCUGGCUUUUGUUCUCUCGUGGCUGUUCUUUGGCUGUGUGUUUUGGUUGAUAGCUCUGCUCCAUGGGGAUCUGGAUGCAUCAAGAGAGAGCAAAGCUUGCGUGUCUGAGGUCAACAGCUUCACGGCUGCCUUCCUUUUCUCCAUUGAGACCCAGACGACCAUAGGCUACGGCUUCAGGUGUGUCACAGAUGAGUGCCCGAUUGCGGUCUUCAUGGUGGUGUUCCAGUCAAUCGUGGGCUGCAUCAUCGACGCCUUUAUCAUCGGCGCCGUUAUGGCAAAGAUGGCAAAGCCAAAGAAGAGAAACGAAACCCUGGUCUUCAGUCACAACGCUGUGAUCGCCAUGAGAGACGGCAAGCUGUGUUUGAUGUGGCGGGUGGGCAAUCUUCGGAAAAGCCACUUGGUGGAAGCUCACGUGAGAGCCCAGCUGCUCAAAUCCAGAAUUACUUCCGAAGGGGAGUACAUCCCCCUGGAUCAAAUAGAUAUCAAUGUCGGGUUUGACAGUGGAAUUGACCGCAUAUUUCUGGUGUCCCCGAUCACGAUAGUCCAUGAAAUAGAUGAAGACAGUCCUUUAUAUGAUUUGAGUAAACAGGACAUUGACAACGCAGACUUUGAAAUUGUGGUGAUUCUGGAGGGCAUGGUGGAAGCUACGGCCAUGACAACACAGUGCCGUAGCUCCUAUCUGGCAAAUGAAAUCCUCUGGGGCCACCGCUACGAGCCUGUACUCUUUGAGGAGAAGCACUAUUACAAAGUGGACUAUUCCAGGUUCCACAAGACUUAUGAAGUGCCCAACACUCCCCUCUGUAGUGCCAGAGACUUAGCAGAAAAGAAAUAUAUCCUCUCAAAUGCUAAUUCAUUUUGCUACGAAAAUGAAGUCGCCCUCACGAGCAAAGAGGAAGAGGACAGUGACAAUGGGGUUCCAGAAAGCACCAGUACGGACACACCCCCUGACAUAGACCUUCACAACCAGGCAAGUGUCCCUCUAGAGCCCAGGCCCUUACGGCGAGAGUCGGAGAUAUGACUGCUUCUUUCUCUGGAAUAUUUUACUUUAAAAUAACAGUCUGUUGGUCAAAGGCCCCAAACAGUUAUUCAGACGACGGUACCGGUGAAGAGGUGGGUCAAGGCAAGUGGCCACAAAGGACUGAGGC